CAACUAAGUAAUUAUAAAUUUAAGCCCACCAGGCCCUCACAAGAUGGGCGAUAUAUCAUACGAUUACCGUUGGAAAGUGAUUCUCCUGGGUGACUCAACGGUUGGAAAGUCAAAUAUCGCAGGUCAAUUCACCCAAAGCGAGUUUCAAGCUGAUUCUAAACCAACGAUUGGCGUAAAGCCCACCACCAAAAUCGUCCAAUGCAACUCCAAGGCCGUCAAAGUCAAUAUCUGGGACACAGCUGGCCUAGAGAAAUAUCGGGCCCCAGUACGAUAUUACGACGAUGCCGUGGCUGUGAUGUUGGUUUAUGAUAUAACCAGGCGCCAGAGUUUUGAGAAUGCGGCACGCUGGUUGGACGAGGUUCGAAAGCACGGUGAACCUGGGAUUGUCAUCAUGCUCGUGGGAAAUAAAGCAGACCUGGAGCGUAGAAGGUCUGUGACGACUGAAGAGGGGAAGAAGUUUGCGAAACUUAACAAACUUCUGUUUAUCGAAACAUCCGCUUGCGAAAACAGUCAAGUCGAACUUGCUUUUCAGACUAUUUUAAAGGGCGUCUACAAGCAACAUUGUCAGGAGAAAUGAUAGUCUAAAUGACAUAAUAGGUUUGAGUCUCGAUUUCUCAUCUUUCUGUAUUAUUUGCCAUG